GCCCCGCACCCAAUCUGCGCGCCUGAGAGCUGGAGUCACGUUUGGGAGCCUACAGACGCGAGCCGAUUCCUGGCGGCCGGAGUCCGCACAGCGGCGAGAGGACCACGCUACCGCACCCUGGCCGCGGAACCUCUUUCUGGAACUGUAAAAAACAAAGGGAAGAAUCAUGUCCAUGAUUGCGGCCUACUAUGGGAACAAGUCCAUCCUCAUCACUGGGGCCACUGGCUUCAUGGGCAAGGUGCUGAUGGAGAAGCUCCUGCGCACCAGCCCUGACCUGAAGGUCAUCUACAUCCUCAUGAGGCCCAAGGCGGGCCAGACCCUGCAGCAGAGGAUGCUUCAGAUGCUAAAUAGUAAGCUAUUUGAAAAAGUCAAAGAGGUUUGUCCAAAUGUGCAUGAGAAGAUCAGACCUAUCUAUGCCGACCUCGAUCAGAGUGACUUCGCUAUCCACAAGGAGGACAUGCAGGAGCUACUGUCCUGCACCAACAUCGUCUUUCACUGCGCCGCCACCGUGCGCUUCGACGACCCUCUGAGACAUGCUGUUCAGCUGAAUGUGACGGCCACGCAGCAGCUCUUGCUCAUGGCCAGCCAGAUGCCAAAGCUCGAGGUCUUCGUACACAUCUCCACUGCCUUUUCCAACUGUAACCUGAAACACAUCGACGAAGUCAUCUACCCCUGCCAGGUGGAGCCCAAGAAAAUCAUCGACUCCAUGCAGUGGCUAGACGAUGCUAUAAUCGAUGAGAUCACACCCAAGCUGAUUGGAGACCGGCCCAACACCUAUACCUACACCAAGGCCUUGGGAGAGGUGGUGGUGCAGCAGGAGAGCAAGAACCUCAACAUUGCCAUCAUCAGGCCCUCCAUCGUGGGAGCCACCUGGCAGGAGCCCUUCCCGGGUUGGGUUGAUAACUUAAAUGGACCCAGUGGACUCAUUAUUGCGGCUGGGAAAGGGCUACUUCGGUGUAUAAAAGCUACUCCUAAGGCAGUGGCGGAUUUAAUUCCAGUCGAUACGGUCGUCAACCUCACCUUGGCUGUGGGAUGGUACACAGCAAUUCACAGACCUAAAUCAACAUUAAUCUACCACUGUACAUCUGGUAACCUCAAUCCCUGUAACUGGGGCAAGAUGGGACUCCAGAUCAUGGCAAGCUUUGAAAAAAUCCCAUAUGAGAAACCUUUUAGGAGGCCAAAAGCUGACUUCACAACCAGCACCUUCACAAGCCAGUACUGGAACGCAGUCAGUCACUGGGCACCUGCGAUCAUCUAUGACUUCUACCUGCAGCUAACAGGAAGGAAGCCCAGGUUCACCAAGCUCAUGAAUCGUCUCUUGAAGACCUUGUCCAUGCUGGAGUACUUCAUCAACCACAGCUGGGAAUGGAGCACCUCCAACACAGACAUGCUGAUGCUGGAGCUCAGUCCUGAAGACCAGAGGGUAUUCAACUUUGAUAUACGCCAACUGAACUGGCUGGACUACAUUGAAAAUUAUGUGUUAGGAAUUAAGAAGUACUUACUAAAAGAGGAUAUGUCUGGUAUUCCAAAAGCAAGACAACAAUUAAAAAAGCUACGAAACAUCCGCUACUUCUUUAACACUGUGCUCUUCCUCAUCACAUGGCGCCUUCUCAUCGCAAGAUCUCAGAUGGCUCGGAAUGUCUGGCUCUUCAUUGUAAGCUUCUGUUACAAAUUCCUCUCCUACUUUAGGGCAUCCAGCACACUCAAGGCAUAAACAUUCUACAGUCUACUUUCAUCUGGAACCUCUCAGAUACCUCUAAAACAGCAAACUUCAGUUCAAGAUUAAGAAUAAUCAAGAACGUGCCCCAGCUCCAGGCCUGGCCAAUGUGCUGUUAUGUGGUCACCCCUUUCUCUUAGUUAUAACUUAUUUUUCUUUCACUGAGAAAAGUAAAGUUGUAGCCUAGCAUAUAAUCAUGUACUUUUUAUGAAAAAUUAUUCUGCCUUCAUAUAAAAUAGCAAUGCAUACCCCAGCUUUCCAUGGUUGGCUUUUCUUUCCUCUUGCAUAGCAUUAAUUUCAACACAGUAUGUAAAAACACAUUGCUUAAGCUGAGUAGAGUAGCAGUUCUGAUCUGGGAGCCCUUCUAGGAAUUUUCCCUGCAAAUUCUCUGUCUCAUUUCUGUGUUAUACUAUGGAGUCCUGGUUGAGGGAUGGUGAAUUAGCAAAGUGGGUUCACAUCCAACAUUACCCUGAAGGAUGCCCACUCAGGAACCACAAAAAGAACCAAAAGGUAUAAACAUAUACAGGUGGAAACCAUGCAUAUUUGCAUUGGACAAACUGCCUAGCCUACUGACAACUAUCAUUUCUUAAUCCACAAUUUCCCUGAUAACUUUCUCUCCGGAGUUCCCUGCUUGUUUAUCCUUAUAUUUAAGUUCAUUUUGUUCAAGCCUCACUUAGUGAUCAGUGGGAAAGGCAUAGGCUAUAAUCAUACAAAACCCAGUCCCCUGGCUCUGCUGUGAGAAAAACAAUUAUACACACACAUACACACAAAAUACUGGCUUCAGUCUUUUUGCAUAAAGUGAGAAAGAUUCUUCUUCUGUGACCACGAAAAUAUUUGUUACUGUGUCAUUCCAACCAUAAUGUAAAUAGUACAAUGUAGAGCAGAAGAGACAGACUUCAUUAAGUGACUAAGUUAAAUAGGAGUUUCAUUUGUUUAAAAAUAUUUUCUGUAUAAUGCAAAUAAAUUAGUAAAAUAAAUAUUUAUUCUCAAGUUCUACAUUAAUAACUAUUUCCCCAAUUUUUCUCACAUUUGAGAUCGGUGCAUAUUGGAUUUCACCAUUUCAUGUUACAAACUAAAUUUCCAAAUACAGUACCUGAGGCCUAAAGAACUAAAAAUAAUAAUGCAACUAGAAAAUUACAAACAUUAAUGGUCAUUAUAUUUAUGCUCACUUUCUGAAUAACAAUAAUCAGAGAGGCACAUUUGGGUACUUGAAAUGUAUAGGCCUUGAAGGAAGUUUCUAGCCUGAUUAUACUUGAGAUUUUUAUGAGCUCAUUGAGGACAUUUUGGAAGAGCUCUGCAGGACAGUGUCUUUCUCAAUCUCCUUCAACUUCUAGAAAUGACUUUAGAUGACAGCUAGCCCAGCUAAGGAACAAAGCACCUGGUGAUAGUUUGCAAUGUAAUACCUUUAGUAACACAGAUUAAAAUACUACAGCUAUGAAUAAGACACAAUUCAAUGAAAAUGGAUAAAAUAUAAUUCUAAGAAAAUACUAUCCCUUGAUUAUGUAUGCUUACAAUACAGUACACUAUUGAAUUGUAUUUGAUUGUUUCACCAAGUCAUUCAAUAAAUUCCACUGAUCAAGUGUUCACAUUUUGACUUCUGAUUAAACAAAUUUGAAUUAAAAACUUUUCCUCAAGUGUUAUUUUUUUCUCCAAGUGCUGAGUUCCAAAGAUAACAUGAGGAAUGUAAAUAAAACACCUAAGAUACAUAAUGCUUUCUCUGACACUCUUAAUAGGAUCACAUUGACACUGUCCUCUUUGCAGCAUUGUUUUUUCUUUGUGCUGAUUAAGCAGUGAAAGUAUCUAUAUGAAAGAAAAUUCCUGUUUUAUAUCAAGACCAAUGAACAAUUACUUAAGUGUCUAAUACAUAGAGUGCAAGGCAAAGAACCUCUUACUUUGGUUGGGCAAAGAAACAAUAACUUCAUUAAAAAGUAUCUUAAGUUUAAAGGGAAGUUUUAGUAAUCUGUCAGUUCUACACCCACCAGUCCCACUUUAAGCAAUUACUACUAGAAAAAGUUAACUAGAUGGGUACUCUGACAGGAAAAACAUCUCACAAUUUUAUACUAAAUCACCCUCUAGCUAGCAUCUCAUUUCAGUAACUAAUUAAAACCUACUAAAGGUAAGUAGACUGAUCUUAGAAGGGUUUAAUAUCCAAAAAAGCACUGCUUCCCAACAAACACAAUGAAGCAAGUCAGCCUUAAGUUUUAAGUAAUUUUCAAUGUUACAGGAAUUACAUGUGUAUUUCCACACAGCAUUUUUCUGGAACAGCAAGUCUAUGUUCUGGGAAUAGCAGUACUGCCUACAGUAGUAAGUACUAUACCCACAGAAAAGUAUAGAGAAUUGUUCACUGGCUAGAGAGUAAGUUUUAAGUAGCUGGCUUGAGGCACUGUAGUGCCCUGUGCCACAAUAUACGCUCUUAUGGAAAAUAGCUAGAAGCAGUUCUCCCAACACACAAAGUGUGCCCUGUAUUUGAAACAGUGAUUCCAAACUGCAACUGUAAAUGGGUGGGAGAGGUGAGGCAGGCAACUCUGGUCAUUUCAAGAAAAACACUCCAAAGAAAUUACAGUACAAGAACUCACUAAAUUGACUUGCAAAACUGCUUAACAGAAUUUACAAUGUAUUAUAUAGUUACAUCGUUAAAGAAGUCUGCUUUGCAGUUAUGUAGCUUUCAUUUGUACUUUUCCUCACAUAUUGUUUUACCCUAAAUUACACAAAAUAGUAGAGAUGUGCUAUAUUAGGAAGAGUUGUUAAUCCAAUUCCUUAGGUAUUAAAUAUAAUUUGGAGUUGAUACAUUAUUUUGUGUAAAAUUGUAUAUUCAACUCCGGUGACUGGCUUUGCUCAAUUUUCAUCACACAUUGAAAAUAUGAAAAGUAUGAGAUACAGUAAUUUAGAUACAUGUAGAGGAAAAAGUAGAUGUAAGUAAAAUUUAAAUGUUGCUAUAGUUUUCCUAGGAGAUUAUGAGAUUGAGGCUUAUUUGGAAGACAAAACAUUUGUUUUAUGGCUUACCAUUUAGUUUGGAAGACCACACACUCAGGACUGAAAGACUAAAUGAGUCUGUAUUAAGAUUAUAAAAAAAAAAACCUACAAGAAAAAAAUGCUACUAAAUAAUGCAAAUUAUUUCAGCACUAAAAUAUUUCAAAAGCAGUAAGGAAACAUGUGGCUUGCUUACCUUGGUUUGCUGGAGGCAUGCUUGAGCCCCAAAAAGGGGAGAGGAAAAAGUCCCACAUAAAGGCUAUGCUGAGAUUUUUAAAAAGGUCC